AUGUCUUCGUCGUCGUCAUCGCCCGACGAGCCCACCGCCCAACCCCCCGCCAUCAACUACGUCCUGAGCUUCAUCCUCGUCGGCCUCGCCUGGGGCCUCACCACGCCCUUCAUCCGCCGCGCCGCCCGCACCCACAAGCCCGCGCCUCACCCGCUGCUCGACUCCCCCGCCGUCAAGCAGAGCUGGCUCCGCUCCACGCUCUACGCCGCCGCCUUCUCCGUCCUCGAUCUGCUGCGCAACCCGCGCUAUGCCGUCCCGCUCGUCCUCAACCUCACCGGCAGCGUCUGGUUCUUCCUCCUCAUUGGCAAGGCUGGUGAGUUCUUGAAACAGACACCGCACACCCCCAUGUCUCUCAUCUUGACAGGCCUCCCGGGUUGUCUCAGAUUCCCCCCAUCCACGUCCCCAUCCCCUUCCACACCUAACCGCCCUGCUGGGCUAGCCCGCAGGGUGGUCGUUUUCCCUCCUUAG